AGAGAGUAAACGCUUCCUGUUUAUCCAACCGCAGCUCAUGUGAACUUCAUGCGAGUGAAGUAAACCAAACAAUUGCAAUAAUCUAAACAGCCAAGACAGAAUUCCAAGGAAAGACGGUUAUUUGAAAGGUGUUGGUUAAAAUAUAUAUUUUGAACCACGGUUGAAUGACGCUAAUGUUAAGUUAGGUAACUUUUAACGUUAGUUUCUGUUAUCCAAAAAACAAAAUGCCGUCCCGUGUUGAGGACUACGAGGUGUUGUACACAAUAGGUUCCGGUUCCUAUGGAAGAUGUCAGAAAAUAAGGCGUAAAAGUGACGGGAAAGUCCUUGUUUGGAAGGAGCUGGACUAUGGCACCAUGGCAGAGAGUGAGAAGCAGAUGCUGGUGUCAGAGGUUAACCUGCUGAGGGAGCUAAAGCAUCCAAACAUCGUGAGGUACUACGACCGCAUCAUCGACCGCACCAACACAACGCUCUACAUUGUCAUGGAGCACUGUGAAGGCGGGGACCUGUCCAGCCUCAUCAGCCGCUGCAUCAAAGAAAGGCGAUAUUUGGAGGAGCAGUUCGUUCUGCGAGUCAUGGCACAGCUCACCCUGGCCCUGAAGGAGUGCCACCGGCGGAGCGACGGCAGAGCCACGGUUCUUCACCGGGACCUGAAACCGGCCAACAUUUUCCUCGACAUACGGCAGAACGUCAAGCUUGGUGACUUCGGACUGGCAAGAAUUCUGAAUCAUGACACCAGCUUUGCAAAAACAUUUGUUGGUACGCCAUACUACAUGUCCCCGGAACAAAUAAACAGGAUGUCAUACAACGAGAAGUCCGAUAUUUGGUCGCUUGGAUGUUUGCUGUAUGAGCUGUGUGCAUUAUCGCCUCCGUUCACUGCCUACAACCAGAAAGAGUUGGCAGAGAAGAUAAGAGAGGGGAAGUUCAGAAGGAUUCCAUAUCGGUAUUCCGAGGAGCUGAACACCUUACUCAGCAAAAUGCUCCACUUAAAGGACUAUCUGAGGCCCUCUGUUGAGUCUAUUCUCCAGAGCAGCUUGUUGAGUGACGCCGUAGCAGAGGAGCAGAGGAAGGCUCAGAUGCGGCCCGGACGAAAGUCCGCAGACUCUGACUGUGCCAUCCAAAAACCACCUCAACCAACCGCUGCCGCCGCCGCCACCGCAGAGCUCCGACUCCGGGAACAGGUGCUGAGGGACAGAGAACAGACCCUCAAGGAACGUGAAGAGAGACUGGAGAAAAGGGAGCAGGAACUGUGUGUUCGUGAGCGUCUAACAAGUGAAAAGCUAGCACGAGCAGAGAGUUUGCUGAAGAAUUACAACUGGCUGCAGCAGCAGAGGGGCAUGGCACUCCUUCAUGUCAAAGACAUAGAUGAGGAGAACCUGUCCCCUGGCAAGAGGAAGGUCCACUUUGCUGGCGAAAGCAAAGAGAACCAGCAGCCUGAUAGUCGUCAGAGCAUCACGUCACAGGAGCUGAUGUUUAAGAGGCUGCAGGCUGCAAAGCUGCGUGCCCAAAAACUCAGCGAGGUGGAAAAGAUCUGUCAGUUCAAGAGCAGGCAGAUCCUUGGCCUUCGAUGAUCUCAUGAACAUAACUUAAAAACCCGUGAAUGAAUGCGCAAGUCACUGAGUCAUUUGUACUGGAUGUAGCUAGAAAAUAAUUUAUAAGUAAGCUGUUGUUGAAGUGUUGAAUCAGAGCAGUGUGUUUUCUUUUGUGUGCCAGACGGUGUGUGAUGUGUCAAUAUUAGAGGCAGCUAUUGUGAUUCUUAUUGUACUGCGUGAAUAUUCCUAUUAAACUUUGAUUAGUUUAUUUAACAAAUGAAAUGACUGAUUUGAGUAGAAUAGAACCAUCUCAUGUCACUGACAAUGAAA